AUGUUGAACAAAAUCAUCGUCAACAAUUACAACCUUUGGGUCGUGGUGUUUGUGGCCCUGGGCACCAUUUCCACAGCCUAUGGCCUCGCCAUCAUUGGCUCGACCGUCGGCCAGCCCAACUUCUAUUCCUACUUCAACUUGGCCACGGCGGGCGAGCCUGGCUAUGACCACACAACCAACAUGAUCGGUGCCUUGAACGGCGUCAACUCGGCCGGUGCAAUCGCUGGAUGUAUCUCACAAGCUUGGACUUCCGACAAAUACGGCAGGAAGCGGACGAUGCAGUUCGGUUCCGUCAUUCUCAUCGUCGGUGGCGCCCUGUGUGCUGGCGCUGUCGACAUGGCAAUGUUUCUUGUCGGGCGUUUUGUUGCUGGUAUGGGUUCGGGGAUUCUAGCUUGCGUUGUCCCCAUCUACCAGGCAGAGGUAUCCACGCCAGAGACUCGAGGCGCUAUGGUCUGCGUCACUGGUAUCAUGUACGCAGUCGGCUAUGCUCUAGCAGGGUGGCUCGGCUACGCCUGUUUCCACAUGUCGGCCACGGAUCCUGCUGCCCAAUUCGCCUGGCGAUUCCCGCUCGCUUUCCAAGUCGUCUUCCCCCUGAUCUUGCUAGCCGGCAGCAAUCUUGUCCCCUACAGCCCGCGUUGGCUCCUCUCGCAAAACCGUCGCCAAGAAGCCCUGGACGUGGUCAAGCGACUUCACAGGACCCCCAACGACCCAGAAGAUAUCAAGGCCCGGCGUGAAUUCUGGCUCAUGGAGCAACAGUACGACAUGGACGCCACCAUGGCCCGGGGCCGGUUCGAGCUCUUCAGCACCCCGUCAAACAGGAAACGCGCCCUGAUGGCCGCUGUUCUCAUGUGGGGCAAUCAAUUUUUGGGUAUUUUUGUGAUGACCAACUAUGGCGUGUUGAUCUAUGAGAGUCUCGGGUUGAGCGGGUCAAUUCCGCUGCUGCUCAACGCAUGCUGGACGACCUUCACUCUGAUCGGCAACACAUGGACGGCACUGUACAUUGACCGCUUCGGCCGGCGUAAGUUCAUGCUCAUCGGCUCCGUUGGCUGUGUCGUCUCGGUCAUUUUCCUCGCCGCCCUGACAGCCUCGUUCCUUAACACAACCAACGAGGCUGGCCUGCGUGCCGGCGUCUUCUUCAUCUGGUUCUACAUCAUCUGGUGGUGCUUCUUCAUCGAUGCCACCCAGUACGUCUACGUGGCCGAGAUCUUCCCCAACCAUCUGCGUCCUGCCGGUGUCGCGCUGGGGUUGUCGGCCUUUUACCUUGCCAGCGAAGUCACCCUUGUGGCUGCGCCGGUUGCGCUGAACAAGAUUGGCUGGAAGUUCUAUCUAGUCUUGAUUAUUCCAUCCUCAGUGUACAUUGUGAUCAUCUACCUCUUCUUCCCCGAGACCAAGGGCCGCACGCUCGAGGAGAUCGGCCACGUCUUUGGCGACGACAUGCACGUGGCCACGCAAUGGUACGACGCCUCGGAUGACGAGAAGCGCAAGAUCGAGGAACAGGCCCUCCGGGAGACCGAAGGCGGCAUCGUGCACGAAAAGGGCUACCAAGGCGCCGCCAACGUGGUCGCCUCGGGCGAAAGCACCAGCCGCGACGAGGCCGAGGAGAUCUACGCCGAGAAGGGCAACGAGGUGCGCAGCGAGGAGAUUGUCAAAGCCUGA